GUAAAAAUUUCAAUAUUGUUGGGCUUAUGGGUGAGUGAUUCUAUGCGAGACAAUCCAGAGAAAAAUCAUCUUACCACGGUUUUCAAAAGGGGGUUCAAAAAAAAGUCCUUAAAAGUUGUAUAAAAAAAGAGUUUACAAAAAAUUAAUUAUAAGCAUAAGGAAAUAGGAAAGCUUAAGGAAAAAUAUAUAUUUAUAUAUAAUACUUUCUCCAUUUCGUUUUAAAUACAAUAAAUGAAUAUUUUAUAUCUCACAAAUAAUACCCUUUGUUGCAUUUAAAAGAAAACGGAGGAGUAUAAGUUUUGGAUUGAGAUUAAAGGUCCUAAAGACUCCUAACAAGUAACAACUAGAUUGUUAAGCAUUUCCCUUAAAAAAAAUGGUUAAUAUUAAGCAUCGGUGUCCAAAAAUGGCUAAAGCCGAAAACCAUUUGAUGAUAAGCGAUCACUGCGAUGGAAUGAAGAUGACGAUGAAGCUCAAGUUUACUUCUAAAGCUUUUGCUGCCUUCUUUAAUGGUGGUACUACUCUUAUUACUCCUUUUCCUUCUUUUCAUUUUCAUUCACGCUAUUAUUAUUCCACUGCAUCUGAUGUUUUUAUUCAAGAUCGUCAAUUGUUUCUCAAAUCAGUUAGAGAACACUGCAAAUUAGGGUUUUCAAAUCUCAAUUUCCCCCUUUCUCUCUUUCAUCAAAUGACUUCAUUGCGCCCUCUUCCUUCUGUUAUAGAUUUCAAUCAGCUCUUCACUGCCAUGUCCAAAUUGAAACGCCUUCAACCUCACUCUACCAUUAUCUCUCUACUCAGAAACCUUGAAUUGUCAGGUAUUCGACCCAAUAUGCACUCUAUUGGUAUUCUCGCCAAUUCUUACUGUCAUUUGGGCCGUGUCGAUUUCGGCCUCUCUCUUCUCGCCAAAAGACUUAAGCUUGGUUACCCCUUUGAUCGUGAUUGUGUUAUUUUUACUACCUUAAUCAAUGGCUUUAUCCACUGUGAUAAGCUUCCUCAAGCUCUUCAAUUGCUAGAUCAAAUUGUUAAGCUAGGUUUCCAACCCGAUAUUGUUACAUAUGGUGCUAUUUUCAAAGGCCUUUGUCGGAUUGGUGACAAUGCUGCAGCCCUUCACUUGCUUAGGAAAAUGCAAUCGGGAACUUGUGAGCCUGAUCUUGUCAUAUAUAACACCAUUAUUGAUAGUCUUUGUAAGGAUAGGCUGUUGAAAGAAGCCCUUGACCUGUUCACCACCAUGAAAAGUGAGGGCAUUAUACCCAACGUUAUCACUUAUACCUCCUUAAUUAGAGGUCUCUACAACUCCGGCUCCAAGGUAGAGGCUAAAGAUAUGCUAGCUCAGAUGUUGGAGUGUGACAUAGCGCCAGAUGUUGCCACCUUCAACAUGCUUGUUGACAUGUUUUGCAAAGAUGGGAAUGUUGAUGAAGCACAAGCUAUUCUAGACUACAUGAUUGAGAGAGGUGAGAUUCCAAAUGUCAUAACUUACAAUGCUCUACUUGAUGGUUAUUGUUUGCGUGGUCAGAUGGAGGAUGCGGAAAAACUACUUGAUUUGAUGGCCAAGAAUGGUUGUGAGCCUAAUAUCGUAAGUUUCAACACUAUCAUUAAUGGAUACUGCAAGGCAAGAACCAUUGACAAGGCCCUCAACUUGUUCCAAGAAAUACUUCAGAAUGGGGUGACACCUAAUGUUGUUACCUAUACCACUCUUAUUGAUGGACUAUGCAAAGCCAAUAGACUCCCACAUGUGCGUGAAUUGUUCAAGGAUAUGCAAGGUCAUGGAAUUACUCCUAAUGUUGUCACAUAUGCUUCAUUGCUUCAUAGCUUAUGCAAAAAUGCUUUACUUGAUGAGGCAGUGACAUUACUUGAAGAAAUGGAGAAUAAUGGUGUUAAGCCUACUGUUGUCAUAUACGGUAUCCUAAUGGACAGCUUGUGUGAGGCUGGGAAACUUGAAGAUGCUGCAAAAUUCUUCUUGGAUCUUGUAUUGAAAAGGCUGGAACCUGAUGUUAAAAUAUACACAAUUAUGAUAAAAGGUUUAUGCAAGAAAGGGCUCAUGGAUGAGGCUAUCCAAGUGUUGAGGAAAAUGGAGGAAGACAGUUGCUCACCCGAUGAUCGUACUUAUAAUACAAUUAUCAGAGGAUAUAUUCUCAAAAAUGACUUAUCAAAUGCAUCGUAUUAUUGUGAUCUUAUGGUUAGCAAGGGAUUCAAAGGUGAUACUGACACUUUCUCAUUACUUAUUCACCUUUUGUCUUCUAAUAACUUAAGUGACUCAUCAAAGGACCAAGUGCGGAAGUUCAUCAAUCGAAUAGAUGCUAAGUUGUAACGUGUAAUUCUCUUAUUGAUGGCCUAAUUAAAUCUAGUAUUACAUUGGAGUGGUAUCUUGCUGUACCUUUUAGUUUCCUUGUUUUACUAGGAUGCCUUUGCUUUAUAUAUUGCCACUUUAUAUGCACGUUUAACAAUUGUCUCCCAAUAAGAACUUCAAGGAAACUCCAUCUUAAGGAUUUACUUUGGACAUCUUCACUCUCACUUCAUUGCUUGGGUCCUAUGCAAAAGUGCACAGCUUGGGGAAGCAAUGACAGUGUUUUUGGAGAUGGAAGUGGCUUCUGAUAUUGUCCUUUGCUAUAUGUACAAACUUUUAUUAGUA